CACCCCCACCUGUGGCCGACCAAGCGCCCCCCGAUCUUUUUCUUCCUCUCUUUUUCCCCUCCCGGCUCGUUCAUCCAGGCUUUCUUGACCCUUUGGUUUCUUCCUUUUGGACAGUUCCGUUGAGCUUUUCAUCCAUCACAAUGGGCAGCACCGCUACGCCGAAGGGGACUUUCCUCUUUACCUCCGAGUCGGUCGGUGAGGGUCACCCCGAUAAGAUUGCUGACCAGGUCUCGGAUGCUGUCCUGGAUGCCUGUCUGGCGGAGGACCCCCUCUCUAAGGUUGCCUGUGAGACCGCAACCAAGACUGGUAUGGUCAUGGUCUUUGGUGAGAUCACCACCAAGGCCCAUCUGGACUACCAGAAGAUCAUCCGUGGUGCCAUUCAGGACAUUGGCUACGAUGACUCCUCCAAGGGCUUCGACUACAAGACCUGCAACGUUCUCGUUGCCAUCGAGCAGCAGUCGCCCGACAUUGCUCAGGGUCUGCACUACGACGAGGCUCUCGAGAAGCUUGGUGCCGGUGACCAGGGUAUCAUGUUCGGCUACGCUACCGAUGAGACUCCGGAGCUGCUGCCCCUGACCCUUCUGCUGUCCCACAAGCUGAACUCCGCCAUGAAGCAGGCCCGUGUCGAUGGCACUGUCCCCUGGCUGCGCCCUGACACCAAGACCCAGGUCACCAUCGAGUACGCCCACGACAACGGUGCUGUCAAGCCCCUUCGCGUUGACACCGUCGUCAUCUCCGCUCAGCACGCUCCUGACGUUGACACCGAGACUGUCCGCAAGGAGCUCAAGGAGAAGAUCAUCGAGAAGGUCAUCCCCGCCAACCUGCUCGAUGACCGCACUGUCUACCACCUGCAGCCCUCUGGUCUGUUCAUCAUCGGUGGUCCCCAGGGUGACGCCGGUCUGACCGGUCGUAAGAUCAUCGUUGACACCUACGGUGGAUGGGGUGCCCACGGUGGUGGUGCCUUCUCCGGAAAGGACUACUCCAAGGUCGACCGUUCCGCUGCCUACGUUGCCCGAUGGAUCGCCAAGUCCCUGGUCAACGCCAAGCUGGCCCGUCGUGUCCUUGUCCAGCUCUCGUACGCCAUUGGUGUUGCUGAGCCCCUCUCCAUCUUCGUCGAGACCUACGGUACCUCCGACAAGAGCUCCGACGAGCUGGUCGCGAUCAUCCGCAAGAACUUUGACCUCCGUCCUGGUGUCAUCGUGAAGGAGCUUGACCUGGCCAAGCCCAUCUACUUCAAGACCGCCAAGAACGGUCACUUCACUGACCAGAGCUUCCCCUGGGAGAAGCCCAAGACCCUGCAGUUCUAAGCGUCUGCUGGGGCGGUUCUGUGAUGAGUAUGAUGAAUUUGCUUUGUUUUCAACAACUCAAAGCACAACAAUAGACCCCAAAAAAGUCUCUGUAUUGCUUUUAUUUUCCCGCAUUUGAGCCCGUAUGAGAUGGGUGUGACGAAAAAUUCAACAUGAUACCACUUUCACUGGCUGGCAUGGGAUUGAUGGCGUUACAAGGAGCGAAAGUUUUCAACACCUUUGUCUCCUUUUGGCUUAGAUUUUCCUAGACUAUAACCUGUAUUUAGAGCAGAGUUUUCGCAGCGAGGCCUCUAUGGUCUACGUGUGUGAAUCGCUUCGAAAGGAAGCGGCGAGGUCGUAUCCUACAGGGCAUAUACCCUCAAGGGGCCUGUAGUGGUAUUGUCGACCUUUCUACUUCAACAGCAACGAAGAGACAGGGUAGCCAAUCCCAGAAUUGGCAUAAGAAAUAAAAAUAUAAUCAUUGCUCAAGCCUUGUU